AUGCCUGCCACCAGCACACCCCAGCACCCUCAUGAUUCAGAUACCACCCAUAUCAACCGCGAGCCUCCCGUGAAGGUGCCUAUUCCCGAAGGCUGGACGGACGUCAUCAGUCUCGACGAUAAAGUCAAGGAACUGCUCAAAAUGAGAACUGGACUCAGCGUCAAUGCAAUCGUGCUCGAGGAAGUCGGUGGCGCACGCUACAUCUUCCAAUCCGGGAGCCAAGUGUACAUCUGGAACGAUAUCUCUGAGCUCGGUUACCGCGUGACGGCGCCGCAGGGCAGGGAUGCGGUGGUUGGAGCGAUUGUGGAUGAUUGGAAGGGGGUUACGUUGGAAGAUCUCCCGUAUGUUGGGUGGGACACAGGAAAGGAUAAAGAGGCAGUAUAG